AUGGCCACUCCCCCCGCCUCAAUAACGUUCUACGACAUUGCUAUGCGCACUCCAUCGCUAUCCUGCUCUCCGAACCCCUCAAAGACCCGGCUCGCCCUGAACUUCGCGUCCGUCCCCUACAAAACCACCUUUGUUCCGCUCCCCUCCAUCCCCUCCGUCCGCCAAUCUCUCGGCGUCCCCGCCGGCCGUCAGUUUGCCGACGGAAGCGACUUCUACACCCUCCCUGUAAUUGUGGACGAAGUGACGGGCUCAAAAAUUGGGGACUCGUUCGAUAUCGCAAUUUACCUGCAUGAGAGGUACGCGGAUGCGAAUGGGGGCAAGGGAGAGUUGUUCCCGAUAUUGAAGAAUGGGGAGAAAUUGGAUUUUAGGACUCCCAAUACGGCUAUGCUUGUUCCCUUAUCUGCUAUGAGCGAGGUUGCGAGACAGGACAAGUAUUUGGAGUAUGCGACCUUCAAUACCCACGUCGAUGCGGCGUUCACCUUGCAUGUCCUGUUAACGGUCCACGGCUUACCCUUCCCGCCCGACACGGCGGAAGCUACCAGAGCCGAGUUCUGUAAGCGUGCUGGUGUGCCGUCGUGGGAUGCGUUCACUGUCUCUGGUGAAGCUCGCGAGAAGCUCAAGGAGUCGCUCAAGGAGACGUUAGCAGAGUUGGCGAAGUUAUUUGUCCGAAAUGAGGAUGGGCCAUUUAUUUUGGGGGGGAAGCCCUGCUAUGCGGAUUUCAUCGUCGAUGAGUGGGAGGAGGUUCGAGGGUGGCAUGGGGGUGUUUUUGGGAGAGUGUUUGAUGCAUUAUCGGUGUAUAUGGAGGUUAAAGAAUAA